AUGGUUGGACAGCUACCACAUGCUGAUAGGCCUCAGCUGCCUCCGAUGGCACGAGAUCCCAGAGGACCGGAAUACCAGGGCCAGCAAGGCAUGAUGCCUUCCGGGCCCAACUACCCGCCACAAGUCUCUCCCCCCGGCCCCGUGUGGUCAGCCCCUGGGAGCGGAACGGCAUUGUACCAGAGCCUGCGGUCAGAAUCUGCAAAGGCGGUGAUGGAGGGCGGGAUAAUGUUCAGGAUUGGAGGGGACAGCGGGAUGGUGGUGCCCGUCGACGUUCACCAGGCAUCGAAGCAGGCGGACGAGAAGCGGCAACGCAACGCCGGCGCGUCCGCACGGUUUAGACAACGGAAGAAGGAAAGAGACGCAGAGCAGAUCGCCACCAUGAACAAGCUGGAGCAGAGGAACCGGGAGUUGGAGUCUCGCCUGCGGGACUUGACUCAAGAAAGAGACUUUUACAGGGAUGAGCGGAACCGGUUGCGUGAGGUGGUCUUGCGCACACCACUUAGUGACAUGGCGAACGGGCCACCCAGCCCGACGUCUUCACGGAGCGGUGGUUCGAUGGCAGAGACCAGCCCAAUGGCGCAGGCACCCAUCCUCUCUCACCCCCAGCAGGGCUACGCGUCAAGCGAGUCGUCUGUGGAGAGACCGGCACGACGACGAAGGACCGACUCUGCGCCGACGCCCGAGUUCUCGGUCCCAUCGUAUGGCACGCCGGUCCCCCCACCGGGCAACUUGCCUCCGAUGCAGGCUGGGGCAUACGGCAUGAUGCAGCGCCCACCUUCGACGGCCCCCGGCGGCGAGAGACUUCCCCCUCUCCGAGCUAUGGAAGGACCCUUCGGAGCUCCCGGGACGGAGCCGGGAAUGGUUCAAACCCCCGGCGGUCCGAUGUACCCCAGCUACACCCGCGUCCCCCACGAGACGGGGUUCGCCAGCAGACCCCCUGGCCCGCCGCCUCACCAUGGACACCAUCCGCAUGACCAGGGCCAGCGGUGA